AUGGUGCAGGAAAUUCCGUCCCAAGUGCCGGAAGAGCUGUACAAUCUGACUCAGCUGGCCGAGGUGUCGAUAGCGGCCGGUAAGCUGCCAUCGGUGGCCCUGCCCGACUACCUGACGGAGCAGCAGCAUCAUCAGCAACAUGUGCACGCGCCCAAAGCGUACGAGCCGAUGAUGUGCAAUUUCGUCCAGUACGUGGACGCAGCGGGCCGGAUGGUUAUCGUCCCGUCGACCGAUUACUACGUGCCGGCGUCCUACCCGGCGUACACCCUGGCUGGCCAGCAGCCAGCAUCGGUCAGCAUCCCGAUAGUGGUCAGCAUCUCGAGCACCGUUGUCGGCCCGGCCAGCCCAACCGUAGCGGCGAACCCCCGAACCCUACAUUCCCUAGCGCCCUCGAACGAUCUCUCGACGAUGGUCACGAAGAAGAAGUGGACCAAAACGUGGGAGAUAACCCACCGAAUGCAGAACUCCGGUGUGACGGCGACCGUGGACCCCGGUAUCCGUGCGCCGCAGGAUAUCGUUGUCGAUAGCGAUCGCGGUUGCCUGGUGUACUUUCCACCGACGACGCUCGUCCCUUCCGAUGGUGGCUUAUCGCCGGCCGAUAAGGACGUGACGAUGACGCCUAUAUCAGAGAGCCCACCGGCCCCGGAGGCUGUCAGUCGUUGCUACGGCAACGGCCUGGCGGCCGAGGUGUCCGAGGAGUCGCAGGAUUCGGCCGUGGUCGAGUGUCACUAUUCGCACAAAGUGUUUGACCGCAAGAAGGUGCGCAAGGCUCGCACCGUGUCCUGUGUCAGCCCGUGUGCCAGCUGUAUGGAACCGGCGGGACCUACGGAGGAGCUGGCAUCAUGUCCGACCCCGGGGGACGGGGGCAGUGAUUCGGGACUGGGUGAUCACCUGAGCCCGAAAAGCAGUGGCGACGAAACGGUGAGCGGAUCGUCCGACGAUGUGCACGUGUGCCCGGAGUGCAACAAGCGGUACUCGACUUCGUCCAACUUGGCCCGUCAUCGGCAGACGCAUCGCUCGCUGGAGGACAAGAAGGCUCGUCGGUGUCCGUACUGCUCGAAGGUGUACGUGUCGAUGCCGGCCUACUCCAUGCACGUCCGCACCCACAACCAGGGCUGCCAGUGUCCGACUUGCGGAAAAUGCUUCUCCAGACCGUGGCUGCUGCAGGGACACAUCCGCACACACACUGGUGAGAAACCGUUCCGCUGCAACGUCUGCCAGAAAGCGUUUGCCGACAAGUCGAACCUGCGGGCCCACGUGCAGACGCACUCGAACAUGAAGCCCCACGCGUGUGGCCGCUGCGGCAAAUCGUUCGCCCUCAAGUCGUACCUCUACAAGCACGAGGACUCGUCCUGCCUGAAGAACGACAAACCACCGAAACCGGCCAAGCAGGCGAACCGUGGGACGCGUCGUAAAAGCUGCAAACCGGUGGCCACCGUCACGGGGCCAUCGGAGCCACCACCAAGGGAAGCAGCCAUUCCAUCCACGGCCACCGGAGUGUUCCGGAGCGCGGCUGCAACGGGUGAGUCGGACCAGCGCCAUCAACUCGCCACCGCCAGCAUCCCGUUCAAGGAUGUGGUCCGUGCGAAGAUCCGAGAAGUGUUCGGAGACAACUGUAAGCGCGCCGGCCGGUUUCUAACGCCUUCGGCUGCCGGGCACUCGACUAGCGCCCCCACCGUAGCUCCCGUCCCGACCGACAACCGGAUCAGCGUGAUCCGGCUCGCCACUUCCGCCGGCACGGCUCUCUACACGGGCGUCACUGCUGGUGCUGCCGGCUUGCCGGUGCAUUCUCAUGCCACCAGAAGUGGGACCACCGAGUUUACGCAAACCUACCCGGUGAUGGCGUAA